CGAAAAGAUUUCGUCACGGUACGAGUUCAAGUUGAUCGUAAAACUUUGUGUUCUCGUGGUCGUAAUAUUUUCAGUGUGCUAUCGGGGUAUUAGUGUUUUGUGUAGACAACACUGGAAAUAUAAAAAUGCCAAUAAAGCGUGUUAUAAAUACGAAAUAAUAGAAGGGUCAAAAAAUCCUAUAAUAGGAUGAAUAGAUGAUCUCGUUCAUAUUACAUUGGUGCAAGUAGAAAUGUCAAACGCAUGAAUGAUUGCAGGACCUUGGACUCUUAAUUUUUAAACAGUGCACGAUAAAGAGAAGUAUUCGGAUUGCGUUCUAUAGAAAUAACAAAUUUUGUAGCGUCCAUAAUUUAUUGAAAAAAUGACUUAUUGCGUUCCACGUGCAUAUAAAUAAUUAUAAGUUAAACAACGUUUUGACAAUCAUCGGAAAAGUACGACACAAUAAAAAAAAUGAGUUCCGUUUGGAAACGAUUGCAGCGGGUGAACAAGAGAGCUGCAAAAUUUCAAUUCACCGUGUCGUACCAUGAAGUCACUUUAGAAACAACAACGAAAUGGAAACCAAACAAGCUAAGCGUUGUAUGGACGAGACGUAGUAGAAGGGUUACUUCUGAACCCCUAGAUUGGGAACCAAAUUUGAGUGACCCACUGAAAGGUGUCAUUAGUUGGGCCGUCCCUGACAAUCACACGAUUUCAGUAACUCUGUUUAAAGACCCACGAACACACGAACUAGAAGAUAAAGAUUGGACAUUUGUAAUCGAGGAUGUUUCUUCUACGGGCAAAAGACGGCAUGUGGCUGCCACAAAUAUAAAUAUGAAAAAAUACGCAACCUUAGAAUCCACUCAACAACAGCUCAAAUUAGAUUUGAAACCUACUUCGAAAAAAAUUGUUAAAGCAACGUUAGAAUGUACUUUAUCGUGUGUUUUCUUGAGAGAGGGCAAAGCAACGGACGAGGAUAUGCAGAGUAUGGCUAGUUUAAUGUCGGUUAACAAUAAUAGCGAUAUUGCUCCGUUAGAUGAUUUUGAUAAUGAAGAUAUACCCGAGGAUGUCGAGGAAGUGUCUGUGAAAAAUCUUGAUGAAAUUUUAGAUAUUUCUGCGCAACUCGAUUUAAUGACGAGUAGUUUAACUGAAAGUGAAUUACCUAGCACUCCAAUAAGUGUGGCAAGUUUAUCAAAGGACAAUAUUACGCCCGUAAAUGAUAACGACCACUUUAUACGUGAUAUUAGCCUGACCGGCAUUGACGAUUCCUUUAAAGAAAAAUCUGCUUUCAAGGACACUGUCGCUGCUGAAAAUGAUAGAAACAUUGAACACAGUACGCUAAGAUUGCCAUUGCAACCGUUAGUACUGACAAAAAAUACUGUCAGUGUUCCUAGAUUAAAAGAAAUUACACCAGGCCAGGAUUUAUUGGAAUGGUGUAAAGACGUAACUAAAGAUUAUUCCGGUGUAAAAGUUACUAAUCUUACAACAUCAUGGAGAAAUGGAAUGGCAUUUUGUUCGAUCAUACAUCAUUUUAGACCAGAUCUUAUAGACAUAGAUUCAUUAUUACCGCAUGAUGUAAAAGGUAACUGUAAAAAAGCAUUUGAUGCUGGAGAAGCUCUUGGUAUACCCAGAGUAAUAGAACCAGCCGAUAUGGAUAUAUUAACUGUGCCUGACAAAUUAGCUGUGAUGACGUAUUUAUAUCAGCUGAGAGCACAUUUCACUGGCCAUGAAUUAGAGGUACAUCAGAUAGGUAAAACGACAGAUGAAUCUUCUUACAUGAUUGGUAGAUUUAAUACAGACAAUAAUUCGGAUGUGAGCGUACAAUUGUUUGGUCAGGAAAUAAUUAAUUUGCACAAAAAAGAACAAAUGGAACAUAAAAAUAAUAAAAUAGACAACAGACGAUCGAACCCGUUUGAUAACAAAAAGGAGGAUGUUAAUAUUGAUUCUGUAAAAAAUAGAUUACAUUUAAGUUUGAAUAUAGAAAAUCAGGAUCACGAUCAAUGCAAUAAAGAUAAAUCGCCAUCCAGUGUUAAAGAUGUCAAGGAUAUUAUAUUAGCCAGUUCAAAGAGUAUUCUAGAAAAAGUGUUAUCGCCGACUAAAGAAAAAUAUUUAUCUAGAGAAAAGAGCAAGUCUCCACCAAGAGUACCGCAAGUACAACGUCCUAUAUUAAUGACUCGUCGGCAAUUAACAGAUCCUUUUGGAUCUGACGAGGAAGAGGAAAAUAUUCAAAUAAUCGACGAGAAAUGGUCUCAGUCGAUCUCAAUUAACAAAUUACAAACGCCAGUUCGUGACGAUUCGAUAAAUAUUACUGAGAAGGGAAGUCGUGAUAGUACUGAAUGUCAGAGUGUAUCAUCACCACACGGAGAGCAACGUUCCCAACAUCCAUUAGUCAGUCGGCAUGACGAGUUAAGAGAACGUGCAAGACAACUGUUAGAACAGGCCAGGAACCAGACAAAGUCAGCUGGCCUUGUUUCUGCCGCCGCUAGUCCUAUCGAGAGUCAAAACGACGAUGAAAGGCAACAGCAGUUACGCGAAAGAGCAAGACGUUUAAUAGCAGACGUAAAAAUGGGCGUUAAUGUUACUUCAAAUCAAAUAAACGAUGACAAUAAUAGCGACAGACGAUCGAUAGAUGAUCAAAAUAAUAGUCCGAGACGUAGCAUGACACCGUCUACACCCGGUGACAGAUUUAGUACAAAGUCCGAAUAUAAUGGAAAUAUUUUGGGAACUCCAAGUGUAAUGGAUGGUGAUAAAAAGACUGGUUCUCCUCUCUACUCAUUUUCUAAGAUAAUAGAGAGAAUUUCACCAGAUAAAACUAGUCCUGAUGGUACCUCCUAUACACUUAGAGGAUUGGGAAAGGACAUGACAGCAUACAUUCAAAACGAAUUAGAGGCAUUAGAACGAGAACAAACUCAAAUAGAUAUUCAAGCUGGUAAACUUGAAAAACAACUUCGAACCGCUAUGGAAAGUGACAACGAAGAUGAAACUGAAAGACUGAUGUCACUAUGGUUUACCCUCGUAAAUAAAAAGAAUGCACUCUUAAGAAGGCAAAUGCAAUUGAAUAUAUUGGAAAAAGAAGACGAUUUAGAACGUCGAUUUGAACUUUUAAAACGUGAACUACGAAGUACACUCGAAGUAGAAGAUUGGAGAAAAACGCCCGAACAAAAAAUACGAGAAAAUUUACUUUUAGAAGAACUAGUUUCUAUUGUAAACAAAAGAGAUGAAUUAGUUCAUCAUCUUGAUACGCAAGAAAGAGCUAUCGAAGACGAUGACGAAAUAGAACGUGAUUUAUCUAGAGCUGGAUUAGCUCAACGAAAUAAAAAUUGUGUGUUACAAUGAAAAUUUAAUUUUAUUCUCCUUGUUACGAUAGUAAAUGACAGGUAAUUAGUUUAAGUUAAGCAAUUAAACAUUUUCACAACUAUAAAUAAAAUUUUACAAUAUUAAGAAUUAAAUAAAAUUUACUUUUUAUUUUCUUAAAAGGAAAGGAUUUGUUUAAAUUUUAAGCUUGUAAAAUUUUAUUCACGGCUAGUAAAAAAUCAGAACUAAGUCGUAAAAAUAUAGUUUUAAGCUAAAUUUACGCUGGAGUAAAAAUAAAAAUUACAGGUAUGACAAAUUUUGCUGUGGAGUGGCUAAAGAAAAUAUAAAAUUUUCCUUGACAAUGAAAUCGGGACAGAUUAUUUCAUAAUCUGCAAGAUACUAAUGAUUAGAAAUUUAUUUUGUACUAUGCAUUAUAUACCAGUUGUACAAUCAAUGUUCCAUAUUUCUACAAAUUCAUUAUUAAGUAUUAUGUCAAUACAGUGGUACUCCCGGUGAUGGAGCUAAAUUGAAAUUGAACAAAUCUGUUUCAUCAAAGGAACACACACAAGCGACUAAAUUUUGUCAUAGCGUUGUGAACGUUGUAAAAAGUUACUUUACUUUAGGAAGAAUCAAUUUCUAUUAUACAGGGUGUUCGGCCAUCCCUGGGAAAUAUUUUAAUGGGGGAUUUUAGUGGCCAAAAUAAGACGAAAAUCAAGAAUAACAAUUUGUUGAUGGA